AUGGGUGGUGCCAAGCUCGCUGCGAGCUUUUGGUGCACUCGCAAUCCGGAUGGUUCAUACGUUGGAACAGAAACCCUUGCGUGCUGCAACAACUGCAACGGCAAGCCCAUGGCCGCGUCAUGUCUGCCUACCAUCAGAGCCGAGGGGCGCAUCUACCGUACCCAGCCAUGCAACUGGUGCACGAUCGGUCCCCCCAUCCCUCUCUGCGCGUACGCCGGCAUCCCCAUCCACCUAUACCAGCUCCCCGGCGACUAUCGUUACAGGGCGUUUCGCGCCGAUAAAGCCAGAGGAUACUUUGCGCCGGCCGAAGCUAUUCGGAUUCGACCCCGGGCGCGGUCUGCGUCCCCAUCCUCCUCGACUCACCGUCGGCCCAUGUCCCCCUUGCCCAUGCACAAGCCGCGGGUGUGGGACAGCUUGAGUCUCCCGCAGGCUGUGCGGAGCGUCAGUGGUGGUGCUGGGGCCCUUGACAGGAUUUACGCACCGCAGCCACGCUUUGUUAUCCCCCAGAUUCGAAUUUCGCCACCCGAGAGCCAUGCGUCUUCUGUUACGGGUCUCGAUUCACCGCCGACGGAAACGAUCCUUGAAUCGCCAGAAUCACCAGACUCGGAUUCCUCGGGGUCAAACAAGAGCGUUUUCCACAUGAUCCCGGACGACAACAUGCUGCUCGAAGGGGACACAGAUGUCACGAUGGAGGAAGAAGAGACGCCGGCCAGCCCGGUCUUCAUUCAUACCGAAGAGGUUCCGGAAGAGGACAGUCCAGUACCCACGCCCCCGGCCUCUGUCCGCCGGAGCAGCUUGUCUACCACCACCACCCCGCCCGGCUCGCCGUCCAAGCAGACGCUGUUGGACAACAUGAUCCACGUCCACGACAAGGUCAUGGAGCUUCGUACUGAAAAUGUAUCCCUCCAACUGGAAGUGGCCACUCUCCAAUCCCACAACGAAGCUCUCAAGAACCAAAAUGAAACGCUCCAGCAAAGCCUCGACGCGAUCAUGACUGCUGGACCCAGUACCGGGACGGGCCACGCACACUCGCUCGAGGUUGUGGCGCUCAAGAACCUCAAUUCGUCGCUGUCGGACGAAGUGCACCGACUCAAUGCCAAGAUCACGGCCAUGUCGCUGGUUCAGGAGAAGACCAUGGAGGGGUGCAGGAAGAUCCUCGAGUGGGCAUAG